AUGGGAACAUGGCUGCUAAGUGUUACCUCUGAAGUUAGCAGCUGGGUUUCAGCUCCAGAUGAAAAUUCAGUAGGGAAAAAGAGGAAUGAUGGGUGGAAGAAAAUCGCUAACGCUACUCGUGUAUGUAUUAUUAAGUAUUGUCAGUUGAAACGAGGAUUUAUUAACACUAGUCUUGAACAUGCAUGGCAGGCAUCGCUACUUGGAGAGGCCAUCACCGGGAAAGGCAUCCUUGCCCAGCUGAACCUGGAGACGGGCAUCCCCAUCUAUGGGGCGGAGCCCCUGCUCCUCUUCUUCAUCCUCUUCACCCUCCUUGGCGCCAUUGGCGCUCUCGGGGACCGUGGUAGGCCGCUGUUUGGGUUCACCAAGCCCAACGAGCUGUUCGUGGGGCGGCUGGCGCAGCUGGGCGUGGCCUUCUCCAUCAUCGGCGAGAUCAUCACGGGGAAGGGCGCGCUGGCGCAGCUCAACAUCGAGACGGGGGUGCCCAUCAACGAGAUCGAGCCGCUCGUCAUCUUCAACGUCCUCUUCUUCUUCGUCGCCGCCAUCAACCCCGGCACCGGCACGUUCAUCAUCGACGAAGGCGAAGAAGAGUAG